AUGAGUUCUAACAGCAACGACCACAACCCCCGCACCCUCUCCGGCCUCCCCGUCGACCCGCUCUAUACUCCGGCCGGAUUGGCCGCCGGCGGGUUCGACGCGGCGCAGGCACUCGGCAACCCGGGCGAGUUCCCCUUCACCCGCGGCGCGUACCCCACGAUGUACCGCGGCCGGCUGUGGACGCGGCGGCAGAUCGCCGGGUUCGGGACGGCCCAGGCGACCAACGAGCGGUACCGGUUCCUGCUAGCCCACGGGCAGACCGGGCUGAGCACGGACUUCGACCAUCCCACGCUGACCGGAUACGACUCGGACCACGAGCUAGCCGAGGGCGAGGUGGGUCGGCUGGGCGUGGCCAUCGAUACGGCCGCCGAUAUGGGGGAGCUGUUCGACGGAAUACCGCUGGAGCAGGCCAGCGUGUCGCUGACCAUCAACCACCCGGCCAUCGUCCUCCUCGCGAUGUUCCUGCACAACGCGGAGCGACAGGGAACGCCCUGGGCAGCGCUGCGUGGGACGGUGCAGAACGACUCGCUGAAGGAGUUUCACGGACAGAAGACCUUUGCGUUGCCGCCAGGGCCGGCGUUGCGGUUGACCACAGACGUGGUGGAGUUCUGCACCAAACACGUGCCCAACUGGUACACAAUUUCGAUCAGCGGCUACCACACCCGCGAGGCAGGCUCCGACGCGGUGCAGGAGCUCGCGUUCACCGUGGCGCAGGGAAUGGCAUACGUGGAGUCGGCGAUGCGGCGGGGAUUGCCGGUGGAUGCGUUCGCAUCGCGGCUGUCGCAUUUCUUUGGGGUGCAUAACGACUUCUUUGAGGAAAUCGCCAAGUUCCGGGCGGCGCGACGGAUGUGGGCGCGGCUGAUGCGGGACCGCUACGGCGCGACCCGAGCGGAGUCGAUGCGAAUGCGGUUCCACACCCAAACGCUGGGAUCGACGCUGGUGCGCCAGGACCCGCUCAACAACAUCCUGCGGGGCGGCCUGCAGGCGCUGGCCGCCGUGCUUGGCGGCACCCAGUCGCUGCACGUCAGCGGAUACGACGAGGCUUACGACAUACCGUCCGAAGAGGCGAUGCGCAUCUCGCUGGCAACGCAGAUGAUACUCGCGCACGAGUCGGGCGUGGCGGCGACGCCCGACCCUCUGGGCGGGUCGGCCUACCUGGAGACGCUGACCAACGAGCUGGAAGGGGCGGCAAUGGCAUACAUCGAGCGCAUCGACGGCAUGGGGAACGGGAGCAUGCUCGACGGGAUGCUGGAGGCCAUCGGCAGCGGGUACAUCGAGAGCGAGAUCGCGCAGGCAUCCUAUCGUUACCAGCAACGGGUGGAGUCGGGGGACUACACCAUCGUCGGAGUGAACGACGAAUACAGUGGGGACGCCAACAACACGGGCGGUCUGGAGCUGUUCGAGUUCGACUAUGCCGAGGAGGAACGCCAAAUCCAACGGCUCACCACCGUCCGCCAGGGUCGCAGCGAGGCCGACGCGUCGACGAGCCUGCGGGACAUCGUCAAAACCGCGAAAGCAGACGGUAACCUGAUGCCGUCAAUCCUGACCGCAGUGGGAACCGGCGUAACGGAGGGAGAAAUCAUGGGCGCGCUGCGAGAAGAAUGGGGAGAGUACGUGGACCCGGGGGUGUUUUAG